UUACAAUCAUCACAUGAAACAGGAAAAAUGACUAUGUUACUAAUUUUUAGUUUUUGGAUAUUAUUAUUAUUUUAUGUGACUUUUUUCUAUGUUAAUCGGAAAAUAUUUAAGUUUGCUUGGAAUAAUAAGGGUUUUUUUUUGCCGAUUUUACCUGUGGUCGGUACGUCGUGGAUUAGUUUAAUAACUGGGAAAAGACGAAACUUACUAGCUAUUUCUAACUGGCUGUAUGAGUACAUAGGAGGACCGUCAUUAAAUUUCUGGAUUGGCCAUACCUAUCACUAUGUAACAUUAGAUGCUGAUGAGAUAAGGAUUGUUUUAAGCCACCCAAAAUGUUUGAACAAAUCCAAUUUAUACAAUGAUGUACAAAAUGUUUUUGGAAAAAACAGCCUUGCUUUUAUUGCACAGGAAAAAUGGAAAGCAAGAAGAAAACAUUUUCUAAAAGGUUUCAAACCCAUUAUUUUGAGAAGUUUUAUGGGCACAUUUUAUAAAUAUAGUUGCAAAUUGCUAGAAGAACUCGAAGGAUUGGAUGGGGCUUUAGUAUCAUUCGAUGUCUUGCACACGUUCGCCUUCACAACGUUUUGUGCUACUGCCCUUGGAUUGAAUGUAAAUAAAUUUGCUAAUGAACUAGCAGAAUUUGGAAAUUUAAGAGCAAAAAUUGAAGAAGCUUUAACUGCAAAAGUCAUAAACCCAUUCAUUCCAUAUUCAAUAUGGAUAAAUUUCUUUCCGAAUGGCAGAAAAACUGCAGUGUAUAUGGAAAGAAGCAAAAUAAUUAUAGAAAAAAUUAUUAGAGAGAGAAAAAUCGAGUUAGAAAAAAAUCAAGACUAUAUAGCAAAUAGUAAUGAAGUACCUUUGUUAGACUUAAUUCUCAGCUAUGACCAAAAAAUCACGACCGAUGAACAAAUAUUUGAAGAAAUGGUUUUAUUCACUAGUGCAGCAGUUGAAACCAGUUCGUUUGUAUUAUACCUUGGCUUCACCAUUUUGGCCAUGCAUCCAGAUAUUCAGGAAGUUCUUUAUAACGAAGUAAUCACACAAAUUGGGGAUAGAGAAAUUUCAUCUAAUAAUAUUGGCUACCUAAAGUACACCGAAGCAACUAUUUGUGAAAUAAUGAGGUUUGUACCAAUUUUGCCUUUCAUAGCACGCAUUACAGGAGAGGACAUUGAUGUAGGCAAUAAUAAAGUUAUUCCCAAAGGAGUAGAUUUCGUAGUGGACAUUUGGCAUCUUCACAGGGUUCCAGAGUACUGGAAGAAUCCAGAAAAAUUCGAUCCAACAAGAUUUCUACCAGAAAAUCUAGACAAAAUUAAACCAUUUAGUUAUCUGCCAUUUUCUCAAGGACCUAGAGAUUGUAUAGGAAAGCAUCAUGCAAUGGCGCUACUAAAGAUAACCUAUGCAAACGUUAUAAGAAACUUCAAAAUCGCUACAAAACACAAAUCUGUUGAUGAAUUCGAUUUAUGUUCUUCGGUCACAUUAUAUUCGCCAGAACCUAUGGAUCUACAUUUUGUUGCAAGAACAAAAUCUUAAUAGAACUAGAUGGGGCAGAAAUUGUCUUAUCGUUGCUCAAAUAUUAUUGGAUUUAUAUAAAAUUUAAGUAAAUUAUUUUAUGAGUUUAGGUACUCUUAACUUUGUUUCAAUGGGGUAGUAUACUAUGUAUGAAAAAAAGUAAAAAAAUUGCUCGGCAUUUUUCUAUAUGCUAAAUGGUGAUGGUAUAGUGGGAUACUAAAUUAUUUUCCAGCAUAGUGUCUAUAGAAUUUGUCAGAGAAAAACAAACUGUAAUUUGAAUUUAGCGCCACAGCGGCGACCAAUAGUAUUCGAACCACUGACCAUCUGGCAACACUGCUCAAAAUACCUCUAAACGACAGCUGACUCCAACAGCUCAACGACCUGUGGUGUCGUGUGACAUGUGACAUUGUCAAAGCUUGUUUACAUGGUUUGAUGUAGUAAAUUUGACGUUUCGUUCUUGACGGUCAAUGUCAGUGCAAAUUGUGCGUUCUUAAAACCGUGAUGUGUUGCUAGAUUGGAAAAACCAACUACGUUACGAACUUUUCUUUUCACGUAGGGGCGGGGCUAGGAGGAAAUUUAGAAAACAUAAUUCCAGUGUAUUGCGGUUUUUACAAAGCAACUGAUUACACUAAAUGGUACGAUACGUCGAGUAUAUCACUACGCCGUAGUUAAAAAUCACUUGUAUACUACCCCAUUGUGGAAUAUCAAAAGCCUUAACUAUACUUUUGAAGCCACAUAUAUAAAUAUUAUACCAAGAUGUGUGGUUUUAUUAUUAAAUUAUAUUAUCUAGAUUUAGGUACUGAAAUAUGGAAAUGGAUACAUAGGAAUUCGUUUGCAUCGAAAUAGAUUUAAUUUGCC